AUGGCAACAGAGCCAUUACUCAGUGGCCCCGAAAUGGAGGCGGCGUUGAAGGAGCCGUACGGGUCGACGGCCAGUACCAGUGACGAGCCGACGCCCAGUACUUCUUCUGGAGCAAGGGAGAGCAAGGAACUCGAAGCCACCGGCGGCUCGUUCUCUCAAAAAGAGCUCGAAGCGGCAGCCAGUGACCCGGAAAGACAUCGCACAAAAUUGGAAGAGGUUUCCAAGAAUGAGCAUUAUCCAUUCGGGCUGAGCAUCGUGGUGAUAUUGACGGUGGCGGUGAGCUGGGCGUUGAGUACGCAGUUUAGUAAAACGGUACUUACGGUGGAUCCGAAGCGGUUUUAUGCACCGUAUUUUAUGAUGUGGUUUUCAACGUGCCAUAUGACGCUCUGCUACCCGAUGUACAUUUUGAUGGCGCAUUUUGUGAAGAAGCAGAGCCUGCGGGAGAUUCAUGAAGAUUCCGUCACAAUCUUCAAGGGCCGGGGCAUCAGCCCGAUGUCGAUGCUGCUCUAUGUUAUGCCAUUUUUGAUCCUCUGGGUGGCAGCCAACUACAGCUAUUCCAGAUCACUCGGCUCGAUCUCGGCCUCCGUGGCCACAUCAAUCUCCUCGUGCAACACGGCCAUCGUCUACAUUCUGGCCAUAUUGCUGCUUGGGGAUAAAUUCGUUCCGCAUAAGCUCCUCUCCGUGGUGUUCGCUGUGGCCGGCGUCACCGUGAUGGCGUUCGACGGCGAGAUCUCCGGCGAGGUGCCCGGCAUCGUGUUGUCGGUCAUCUCCGCGGCAUCGGCCGCUUGUUAUAAAGUGUGCUUCAAGCGGGUCAUUGGGAGCGCCUCUUUUCCGCAGGUGUCCCUGUUCAUGACGUGCCUCGGCACCCUGAACCUGUUCAUCAACGCCGGUAUCGCUUUUGGGCUUCUGCUGACCCCGUGGGAAUGGAUGGAGAUCUCGGCCGUGCCUUGGGCACCACUUUUUGCGGCCGCCAUCUUGAGCUUGUUGUUCAACUUCACCAUCAAUCUCGGCAUCGCCAUCCUGCACCCGUUGGUGAUCUCGGUCGGGAUGUUGGUCGGGAUCCCGUUGAAUACAGCAAUCGACGUCGUCUUCCGCUCCGUCGAACCGACCGUCUUCUUCUUGACGGGCACCGGCUUGAUCGUCGUCUCCUUCUUCUUGAUCAUCCUGCCCGCCGAUAUCCUCCAAAUCCUUCGUCGGCGAACUUGCGGCGUUCGCGACACGGCCCGUUCCGACGCCAGCGAGCCAAAAUCUGAACUAGCCGCCGCCCAGGCCACCAGCGGC